AACCGUAAAACCCUCUCGGCUUUUCCCGGCGGCGGCGACCACUAACUCCUAAACCCUUGUCGGGGUUUUAAACCGAAUCGGAAGAAAGUUUAUCUUGUUUUUGCUCCGCCGCAGAUUCAAAAGCACAGAAAAAUUUAAGGAGAAUGAUGAAAACAUCAACUCUUCCGCUAGACCCACCAAGCUCCGCCGUCUCCUCCGCCGCCAGUGACCAUAAUUCCCUUUGCUUUUCCCUAACUGAGCAGCUAAUACAACGGGGUUUGGUAUCCUCUGCCCAGCAAGUGAUACAGCGGCUUAUUGCCAACUCGUCUUCGCUGUCUGAGGCGAUAUCAGCCGCUGAAUUUGCUGAUGUCCGUGGUUUGGGGCUUAAUGUCGGAUGCUAUGCGGCUCUGAUUCAGAAACUCAUGCAAUCAGGGCAAACCCAGUUGGCCCAUUCGCUUUACUGCAAUAGCGUUAUUGGCAGAGGUACUGAUCCUGACUCCUCCACUGUUGAUUCUAUGGUCAUUUGUUUAUGUAACUUAGGGAAGUUGGAAGAAGCUAGAAUGCAUUUUGAUAAGCUUUUAAUGAUGAAUUCUGUUCCUACUAAAACUACGUGUAUAGUGCUUCUUGAGGAGUUUUUUGCUCGAGGGAUGUUUCUGGAUGCAUUUGAUUGCUUUGUUAGAAUGACUGAUUCUCGUGUUACUUUGGAUUUUUGGUGUUACCGUAAGUUGUUUACUGGGUUAUGUUAUAGACGACACUUAAUGGAAGCAAUGCAGAUGUUUGAUAUAAUGCGUGAGAGAACCAGGUUGCUGCCUAGGCUUCGUUGGUAUAAAACCUUGUUUUAUGGUCUUUGCAAGGGGGGUUGUGUUAAAGAGGCAGAGUUAUUAGUUGGACAAAUGGAAUCACAGGGUUUCUUUGUAGAUAGGAGUAUGUACACUUCUUUGAUGAAUGCGUAUAGCAAGGAUAAGAAGAUGAAAAUGGCAAUGGGAGUUUAUUUAAGAAUGCUAAAGAUGGGUUUUCAGCCAGAUAGUUAUUCUUGCAACACUUUGAUCCAUGGGUUUGUCAAGAUGGGUUUAUUUGACAAGGGUUGGUUAUUAUACAACCAGAUGAUGGAGCAGGGGGUGCAGCCUAAUGUGGUGACUUAUCAUGUCAUGAUUAGUAGUUAUUGCAAGAACAGGAAGGUUGAUUGUGCUUUUAUGGUUCUGGAUAACAUGGUUAGUAAUAAAAUAGCUCCUACUGUUCACUGCUACACAGUUUUGCUUGCUUCACUUUACAAGGAGAAUAGAUUAAUCGAAGUAGAUGAAAUGUACAACACUAUGCUGGACAGUGGGGUUGUUCCAGAUCAUAUUCUGUUUUUUACCAUCAUGAAGAUGUAUCCGAAGGGAUAUCAGCUUCAGGUUGCUAAUAUGAUUUUACGGGCAAUAGCCUUGAGUGGGUGCGGGUUUGACCCUUCACUACUCUCAUCCUCUACUACAGGAUCUGUGGAGGAAGAAAUUCAGCUCCUUCUUGAGGAAAUUGUGAAAAGCAACCCAAGUCUAGCAGAAGUGGCAUUCAGUAUACAUAUCAUUGCGUUGUGUGAGGAAGGAAAACUGGAUGAUUCUUUGUGUUGCAUGGAUAAAUUGAUCAAUUUAGGAUUUAUGCCUUCAAUUUUUGUUUAUAAUUCCUUAAUUAAGUGUCUUUGCCGUGAAGGACUUUUUGAGGAUGCAAAGUCGCUCAUUUAUCUUUUGCAAGAGCAGUGUAUUGUUCCAGACCAAAAAACUUUUCUGAUAAUGAUAAAUGAAUACAGUAAGCAGGGGGAUCUGGCAUCAGCUUUUGAUAUCUUCUACCGGAUGGAGGAGAAGGGAGUGAAGCCUGAUGUUGCUAUCUAUGACUGCAUUAUUGGUGGUCUGGGCAGAGAAAAUAGAAUGCUUGAAGCAGAAAAUAUGUUUGUUAAGAUGCUUGAAUCUGGGUUGGAUCCUGAUGAGAUUGCCUAUAGAACAAUGAUUGAUAGCUACUUGAAGAAUAAAAGACCUACUGAAGCCUGUGAAUUGUUUGAGAAAAUGGUACAGAAUGCUGUUGGGCCAAGUUCCCUUACCUACUCAGUGUUGAUUGCUGGGUUAGUGAUGAAUGACAUGACAGAGAAAGGGCACCUUUAUCUUGAUAGGAUGUUGGGUGAUGGUCUUUUUCCAAAUGCUAUCCUGUAUACAUCUCUGGUCAAACAUUUCACAAGAAGGGGAGAUUUUGAAUUUGCCUUUAGAUUACUUGAUCUGAUGGAGAAAAACAAGAUUGAAUGUGACCCAGUCAGAUAUAUCACACUUGUCAUUGGUGUUUGCAGAGGUAUCUCUGGUAGGAAAAGUCAUCACUUUGUAAACAGAAGGUCUGAAAGGGAAAUAGAGAUGUUCUUAUGUUUGCUUAAUAAGAAGACUGGUCUUCCAAGGAAGAACAACUUACGAAUUUCUGCUGUUCCUCCUGAAGGAAUGAAAAUUUUCAUGUCAAAGCUUAUGCAGAAAGUUAUUGAAACACCGUUUAUGCCAAGUUUGUGCAUCUACAAUGUUAUGAUUGAUGGAUUUUGUCAUGCAGAUAGGAUGCAAGAUGCAUAUGAUCACUUUGAACUGAUGCAAAAAGAGGGUUUCCAUCCCAACCAAGUGACUUACACCAUGCUAAUUGGUGGGCAUAUCAGAUCUGGUGAAAUUGAUCAUGCCAUUGGCUUAUUUAAUAAAAUGAAUGCAGAUGGCUGCACUCCGGAUGAAUGUACUUAUAACACGUUACUGAAAGGCCUUUGCCGUUUUGGAAGAUUACUUGACGCAUUGUCUCUUUUUGUUGCAAUGCGUAAGAGGGGUUUUUUCCCUAGUCAGAAUUGUUAUGACAACCUACUCAUGUGUCUUUGUGCAAGUUGUCUGACCAUCUCUGCGUUCAAGAUAUUUGAAGAAAUGAUUGAUCAUGAUUUUGCACCUCGACCAUACAGUUACAACUGGUUGCUUUCCAUCUUAUGUGCUCAAAAGCAAUUGAAUGAAGCUCUUGUGGUAUUAGAUGUGAUGCUUCAAAGAGGAAAGGUCCCUUAUAGACCAACACAGAGGCUUCUUGUGGAAACAUUCAGCAAAGAGAAGUUGACUAUGGAUUUCACUUUUCUGGAAACCAGGAACUUUAACAGAUAAAGUUUUGCUUCAUCAGUUCUUUCUUCCCGAAAACCAAAAAAGAAAUCAGGAAUUGGAAGUGAUACCACACAGCCCCUACAGUUUUCAAUGUUGAAGUUGAUAUUAUCAAGAUAUAGAAUUGGAUACCGGAAGCAGUAGCUGGUUUGCUGUUGAUGACCAUUGGAAUUGCCAUGGGAGAUAUUCAUGUUGAAAGUUUUCUUUUGAGAUAGUCUUCAUUAUUGUGUUUUUGACAAAGCAUUUAUUGGCAUUUUGAGGUAAGCAUGCAAGCUGUGUACAAGUCAACCUCUUAUUGCUGUCUUUUGUUUUUAAUAUUUUCUCAUUAUUUCUCAAUUUGUAAGAUACAAAAUUACAAAAUAUGACUGUAACAAAGGAUAUUUGCCUUGUACAUGAAUCUUUUUGCUUGACAGCUUAUUGAUGUACUGAUUCUGUUUUCAGUUUUCACAACUCACAUUUUCUAAAAGGAAUUUGGUUUUAUUGUUUUCACUGCUAACAGUUUUUUUCCCAUCCUCAAAUGUCUCAGAAUUGAGGCCAGGAAGUUGAGUUUUUUCUUCCCAUCCCCUCAUAGUUUGGAGUGAUGAAGAUGGAUUUGAAAGUUCGACAGGUAAUCUAGUCCAGAUAUUGAUUCUUUUUACUUCGGUGUAGUAAUUACUGCUUUGAUGGGAGAAAUGUUAGAUCUCACUACUUGGAUCUGGCAGCAAAGUAAUAGAUAUUGGUUAUGGCUUAUGACCCUGCUGCCUCCAUACAGCUUUGUAGCAUGCUGAUGAGAAAGCUUCAAGAAAAGACUUGCAAAUAUUUCCUUUUAUGUUUUAUUGUUUGUUAAUGGUUUCUGAUAUGAUUCUCUAUAUCACCCACACUGAAAAUUCCUCUUCAGAUCUGUGCCUUCUGUGUUAAUUUUGAAGACAAACAUGAUGGAUUCAGAUCAUGAUAAGUGCUGGCCAAAAAAACAGAACUCCUCUGGAAGGUGAACUAGGUACAACUUUGAAAUUUUUGACUUCUUAUUGUAUGUUAUGUGUUAGGCAUUAAUACUGCUCAAAUAAACAUCUUAUCUUUAU